CAGAAAUGAUUUACCUUUCUCCAUCCUCUCCGUAGUGAAACUUUAUCAGCAUCCAAAGAAUAUUAUAAGCAGAGAGAAUGUAUGAUAAUAAGUCAGCAUCAACAGUGCCUGUUCCUCCAGUCGAUCCCAGCUGCAGUGGUCCUGCAGGCAAAGUGAAUAAAUUUGUUUACUUUGCUGCGGUUCGGAUGUUGUGGGCAGCGGGGCCGUGUGAAUUGAUUUAUUUGAAGUUCAUGUUGUUUUGUGAAGUGUAGUUUCUAGUGCACUGUGCAUGUUUUUGCUUCACGUCUAGUAGCGGAAAUGUGCAAUCCUGAAAAUUCUAUACAUCUGAAAACAUCAAAUAUAUCACAGGCAAACUAAGAUGCCAGAGAGCAUGUCUAAGCAGACAAAACGAAAGAUAACAGUUGAGCCUGCUCCUAGUAAAACGAAGGAUUCUCAGCGACGACCUAGUGUAUUUGAGCGAUUGGGUACCAAAGCUACAUCGAAUUCUAGUUCAAGUCAAAGUAGUAACGAAAGCUGUUGUAGACAUUGGUUGCAGAAUGGCAAUUGCCCUUAUGGAAAAAACUGCAAGUAUGCUAAUACGCACACACUUAUCAGCCCAUCUAAGAGAGCUGCUAAGAAAGAUAGUGAUUCUAAGCAAAAGCAGGGCCACGGGGCAGGCAAGGCGGCGCCUUCGUCGUGCGGAGGCAGCGGCGGGGGCGGCGGCGGCGGCGGCGGAGGCGGCGGCGGAGCUGGGUCGGGGGCUGCGGCGGCAGCAGCGGCGGCGGCGGCAGCUGCCAGUUCCAAAGACGACCUCAACAAGCGCCUGCACUCGACGGUCGUGGUGAAGAAGACGAGCAGCCCCGACCUCAACUGGGAGAACUGGGAUCAGACGGACCUCGAGUACGAGGACGAGAAGGUACUAGAGAAGCGGCGGCAGCUGCUGCAGAGGGAGGCUCGCAAAGGCGGGUCUCCGGCGCCCAAGGGCAAGGGUGCGUCAUCGGGGCGUCGCGACGAGCCACGCGGCAGCGGCGGCGGCGGCGGUGGCGCCUCGUCCUCGUCUUCGCGGGCGGGCAAGCGGCGCGACGCGACCUCCCGCCGCCCCCGCCGCCGACCGCAAGGGGCCCGCACGCGCACGCCCCACGCGCACGCGGGCGCGGCGGCAGCGGCGGCGGCGCAAGCGCUCGCUCACGCCGCUCGGCCGCAGCUCCAGCGCGCACCGCGCCGCUCGCCCUCGCCCGCGUCCGCCCCCGCGCCCCCGCACCACACGCGCGCGCCAACGGCUCGGCAGGCCGCGGCCGCCGCGCGAUCCCACCGGCCCCCGGCGCCGCCCCGCGCAGCAGCGCGCCGCCGCCGGCGCGGCGCCAAGGACGCCGCCGCAUGUACGAAACAUCUCUCUCCACGACCUAGCCAGUCUUUGUCAGUGGAUCGAAAGGACAAACACAACCAAAGUGUGUCUCCUCGCCCACCUGGCCGAGAUCGGGAUAAGGAUAGGGACCGAGAUCGUGAUAAAGACAAAGAGAAAGAAAAAGACAGAGAAAAGGAACGUGAGAAGGAGCGUGAACGGGAGCGAGAGCGUGUGCGCGAGAAGGAGAAAGAGAGGGAAAAAGAGAAGGAGAGGGAGCGCGAGCGUGAGAAGGAAAAAGAAAAGGAGAGAGAACGGGAGAAGGAGAGAGAGAGGGAGCGAGGAAGAAGCAGGUCUCCCAAGGGGAAGGGCAAGGAUCGCCCUCUGUCUCACUCCCCACGCAGGGAUUCCAGGCCUCCCAGGGAUCCCCGGAAGAAGGAUUCUCCAGACAUUUCUUCAACCAAGGAUGGCAAGGGCUACAGGAAGGAGCACGAGCGCGGCGGCCGCGGCGACAAGGACGAGGAGGCGGCGCGCGGCAAGAAAGACGACGGGCGUCGCCACGACGAGCGCGGGGGCGGCGGCGCGCGGGAGAAGGAGCGCGGCGGCGGCGCCGGAUGCCGCCCAGGAGCGUGA